UUUUCGACGCAUUGGUGUUCAGACUGAUAAUUUUGGAUUUUCGUACUUUAACCGAAAUAUUUUAAACGUUUGUAGUUUUUUUUAUUGCUUAAGUUGAGAUUUAAUAGGAACAAUUUUCAAAUCAAUUGCUGGAAAUCCGUAUUAAAAUUGAGUGUAAUUGAUUUGACUAUUGUCUGGUAGUGAAAUAAAUUUCAAACGUUCCACUGUGAAGUGUGUAGCUAGCUCGAUAUAACUGUCAAUCUGGGUGUAGAAAUUUAUUUGUAAUUUUCACCGGUUCUCAUGUGCAAUUUUCGAUUGUGUUAAACCAUAUUUUGACUACAAUUUAUUAUAAUAUAAUGUUAUAUAGUGUAUGUGGUGCAUAAAACGGUGCGAAAAUGGAUGACGGUACAGUAAAUAUCCAGUCCGGAAUUAACAUCAACAUAAAAAGAACAGAUGGACGCAUCCACUCGGCAAUCGUGUCUGGUGUUAACGCAGAGACGCGCUCGGUGACGGUGGAAUGGUUCGAGCGCGGGGAGACCAAGGGCAAGGAGGUGGAGAUCGACUCCAUCCUUGCCCUAAACCCCGAACUGAUCGGCACGCGCCGCUCGCCGCACCUACAGCCUGUCUCCAAUGCGCCCAACAAACUGGCCAGGGAUAUGACGCGACAGUCAAUUCCAGUUGCGACAAAAGCGCCGGCGCGCGUGACGCGCAACAACCAGAUGCGUAUGUCGAACGCGGGUGCGUACACGAACGGGCAUGGUGGGGACACGACGGGCCGCCGCGGCGCUGAGAACGUGCCCCCGCCCCCUCAGCCGCAGCAACAGCCGCCCUCCAACUCGCGACUUACGCAGCAGAUGCCGGCGUCGGGCGGGCGGUCGCGCACGGGCAGCACGCCCAGCGCCGCCUCGCUCACACAGCAACACACACACCAUGCGCACCACGCACAGCACCCGCCCAACUCGGGACAGAAACGCAUGCAAAACAUCAAAGAGUUCAGCAGCAGCGGGGGCGGGGGCGGGGGCGGGGGCGGUGUGGGCGCGGGCGGCAUUGCGCGCAACACGGCGGCGUCGGCCAGCGCGGCCUCCGUGCCGCACGCCGUGGCCUCGGGCGCGGUGCGGCGCUCCAACGUCGUCAAGGAGGUGGAGCGCCUUAAGGAGAACCGCGAGAAGAGACGGCAGCGGCAAGCAGAGCUUAAAGAGGAAAAGGAGGCACUAAUGAACAUGGACCCCGGCAACCCGAACUGGGAGUUCCUGGCGAUGAUCCGCGAGUACCAGAGCAGCAUCGAGUUCCGGCCGCUGGUGGGCUCCGAGCCCGUCGAGGACCACCAGAUCACCGUCUGCGUGCGCAAGCGCCCGCUCAACAAGAAGGAAAUCAAUAAGAAAGAGGUGGACGUGAUCAGCGUGCCCACGAAGGACCAAAUGAUAGUGCACGAGCCCAAGAACAAAGUGGACCUCACCAAAUAUCUCGAAAACCAGAAAUUCCGAUUCGACUACGCCUUUGAUGAUUCCUGCACAAAUGAAAUUGUUUACAAAUACACAGCCAAGCCGCUGGUGCAGACUAUCUUCGAGGGCGGCAUGGCGACCUGCUUCGCCUACGGACAGACCGGCUCCGGCAAGACGCACACCAUGGGCGGGGACUUCCAGGGCAAGAUCCAAGACUGCAAGAAGGGAAUCUACGCGAUGGCGGCGCGCGACGUCUUCUCCUACCUCAAGUCACCUAAAUACAAGCCCCUUAAUCUCAUCGUCUCCGCAUCAUUCUUCGAAAUAUACUCAGGAAAGGUGUUCGACCUGCUGGCGGACAAGGCGAAGCUGCGCGUGCUGGAGGACGGCAAGCAGCAGGUGCAGAUCGUGGGGCUGACGGAGCGCUGCGUCGACAGCGUGGACGAGGUGCUGCGCCUCAUACAGCACGGCAACGCCGCGCGCACCUCCGGACAGACGUCGGCGAACUCUAACUCGUCGCGGUCGCACGCCGUGUUCCAAAUAGUGGUGCGCUCCCCCGGCAUGAACCGCGUGCACGGCAAGUUCUCGCUCAUCGACCUCGCCGGCAACGAGCGCGGCGCCGACACCUCCUCCGCCAACAGGCAGACCCGUAUGGAGAGCGCGGAGAUAAACAAAUCGCUACUGGCGCUGAAGGAGUGCAUCCGAGCGCUGGGCAUGAAGGGCAACAACCACCUGCCCUUCCGCGUGUCGAAGCUGACGCAGGUGCUCCGAGACAGCUUCAUCGGCGACAAGUCGCGCACCUGCAUGAUCGCCAUGAUCUCCCCCGCCAUGUCCUCCUGCGAGCACUCCCUCAACACGCUCAGAUACGCCGACAGAGUGAAGGAGCUGGGCACGGCGGAGGGCGCGCGCGGGCGGCCGGAGUCCCCGCUGGCCGACGUCGACAUGGAGCCCCCCGGCCACGACCUGGCGCAGCUGCGCUCGCUCAACGAGGGCGACAUGUCUGCGGAGAUGUUCACGUUCCACGAGGUGAUAGACGAGCUGCAGCGCGCGGAGGAGGAGGUGCUGGACAACCACAAGGCGGUGGCGGACUACCUGCAGCACGCGCUGCAGCGCUGCUCGCAGCUGUUCGCCAUCACUCGCGACGUCGACUACGACCAGGACGCGUACGCGACGCAGUGGGAGGAGCUGCUGAACGAGCAGCUGGUGGUGCUGGCGCAGUCGCGCGACCUCGUCGCCAAGUUCCGCGCCAAGAUGCAGCAGGAGGAGCACAUGUCGCGCCGCAUCCAGCCGCGGCACCACUAGCCGCGCCCUCCGUCUGCCACUGGCGCCCGGCACCUGCCAACUGUCGCCCGGCACCUGCCGCCUGGCACCUGGCAACUGUCGCCCGGCACCAGUCGCCCGUCGCCCGUCGCCGGUGUGCGAGCUCCGGGCGUAGCGCGACGCGGCUCCGAGGGCUUGACGCUACGCUUACUUUAUUUAUUGAUUUCUCUUGCAUAGGUUUUAUGUUAAUGGUAAUUUGUAUGAACAAUUAGUGAGUUUGUUUCGGCCUACGAGCGCGGCUGACGGUGCCUGCGCGUGUGACUGACGACACACGUGUGUGACUGACAACGCCCGCGUGUGACUGACAUUGCCGCAUGUGACUGACAGAACACGCGCGUGCAACCCGCGCUCGGCUCUAAACACGAUUUGUAAAUUCGCCAUUGCUUUUCUAAUUUCGCCGUCAUCCGAACAGAACGGACCGCGAGGUAGUUACGGGGACUGUUUUAUAACUGUUUUAAAGCGUGACUUGCGAGUCUUCUAGUGCCGACUGAGUUUGUGUGACAUUUCCAAAUCUGUCAGAAGACUUGAUGUAGCUGGUCUACUGGUGACUGGAUUGCUGGAACGGAUAAUGUAACUCGGGGACUUGAGUAGUUCUCGCUUCGAUUUGACGUGUUUUUUUGUUUGACAAAGAAUUUCCUGAGACGAUAUUUCCUAUAGAGAUGUAAAUGUAAUAGUGUCGUCGGAUGCGGCGCGUAAUCGAUGUUAUUGAAUCGUUUGUAAAAAUCGAUUUAAACGUCGCCGUGUCUAAUAAACAAAUCCGUUCAGUCUGUAAGUUUCUCGUUAGGUAAAUAACUACUAAUAGAUUAUUAAAUAAAUAAGGCCCUAUAUAUAAAAUUUUGUGUAAAUCUGUGUGACGAUGUUUCUUUAACAAUGUUAUCGCAAUUUUUUUUUUAAAUAUUUCAUAUUAAAUAUUUAACAUUAUAAGUGUUUCCUAAUUUCCUAACUCCAAUGCAUUUAACUUCGCUAAAGGCCUAUUUGUCAAAUUGUAGAUAUUUUUUAAAUUAGCUGGUGAAUGUUUGAGUACAAAGCGACUGCGGCGCGUCUGUUUUUUCAUGAAAAAAAUUAUUCCUUAUAUCAAAUCAAUACUCGUAAUGUUGUGAGAAUGAAUUAAUGUACUUGUGAUUUAUUCGAUGUAUUUGUUGAAGUGUUACUUUUACGAGUCGCUUGUUAUCUAUUGUUGAGAUUUAUGAAAGAUACCUGAGAGGUUAUUUAGCUGUGAGAUUUUGUCGCUUUUCCAUAAAAUGAUGUAAUACAAAACUAUAUUGUGAGAAAUAUGUUUGUUAGCUAAAACUGUUGCUCGGAGUUAAUUUAAUAUUCGCGAUUAAAUUCUAAUUUACUUGCGAAUUAUUUCCUCUUGAAGAAUUCUUCGUGUUUAGAUUGUAAAGUUAGACGAAACGAACAAUAUUUAAAUUAUUGUUUUAGUUGCGUCGAAAACUUGUUAAAUUGCACUUUCCUGAUAGUGGGCCUAUUUGAUAAGGCCCGGUUCUUCUGAUGUUUUUAGUCAAUUUAGAAGGUCGACUUUGUUUAAUAUUUGUACUAACUUUUGAUAUGCCUUGUUUCAAUCCAAAGCCUUAACCAUAGACAAUUCAUAAACUCGACAAUUACAAAUUAAUUCUGAUGACUUUUUCAAUCUUAAACCUUAUUAAUAUUCUAAAUGCAAAAUGGAUGGAUGGAUGUUUAUUACUACAUAUCUCCAUAACGGCUUAAUUUAUUUCGCUGAAAUUUUUUUGAGAUAUAGAACAUAGUAUUGAAAAACACAGGCCAUAAUUAACUUUUUUUUUUCAUUCCGCGUGGUCGAAGUCGCGGGCGACAGCUAGAAUAUUACAUAACCUUUUACAAUAACGUCUGUGUGUUGUGUCUCAUAAUUUUCGCAAUAUAACUAGAGAAAGGAAAUCUUGUAAUGGCGGCCAUAUUGGAAUUUGAUAUAUAGAUGCAUUUUUUUAAAUUUCAGCGUUGAAUUGAAACGAGGUAUAUAAGUUUGUAACGCACGGCUAGAAUAAAAUAAAGAUAUAUACGUUUUUUAAUUAAUCGCAAAUCCAUCGUAAUAGAGAAUUUGUGUGUAUCCUAACUUUUGCGGUGAUUUCACAUUUUUUAUAUAAAUAACUGGUCCGUAUAGACGCAGUCGGAACACGUCCUUAGUAUAUCUAGAUUUAGAAUAAGUUAGAUAUUAACUGAAUGAAGGAUGUUUGUGUCGGACCUACACUGUUGGAGCUUUAUUUGUACCCAUUUGGAUGUGGCGGCCAUUUUUUUUUUUGGAAAAUUUGACUUUAAAUGUACUUUAAAAUCUACAGUUACGAAUUAGUGUGAUCAAUACUAAAUAGUAAAGUGGGAGUUAAUAUAAGAAAGUAUUCAAAUGUGAUAAUAUUAGAGAGGUUAACAAACUCUAAAUUGCUUUAGUAGGAACAUUCAUUUAAUUGUCAACAUCACUGCUUUGCUGUUACGCACCGGUGAAAUAAAUUUCUACACAUGAUGUAUAAAUAUAAAUGUAAAAAUACACUUUUAAAUCGAAAUAUGUAUGUAAAUUUAAUUAAUUUUCUCAUAUUAACAAAACAAUAUGUAAACCCCAAAUAAGUGUAUUCAUAUUUUGAUAACUUUGACUAUUUCGCUAAUGAAGAAAUUUUUGUUGUAGAAUAUCAUCUGUUUAGUUGUCUUUAUAACCUCAAAGAGUUCUUUUUCUAAUAUACUAUAUAUCAAAUCACUCAUAUAUCUUUUGUAUCAAUAAUUUCUUUGUUAAACAAAAACUUUGUAAAAAUGUUCAAAGUUAAUAAUGUUGGAAAAGUACUUUACAAAUUAGAGAUAUUUGUCAAGUAUUUUUCUAGUGAUUUACCAGUGUUUUUCAGAUAGCAUCAUUUGCUUUUUAUACCCUAAACUUUUGAAUACAGAUGUGAAUGCAUGUUUAUAUAAAUAUCAAAUAUUUCAUUCUGCCAAGUAUUUCUGUGGCCAUUUUUGUUUGCUGUGUAAUUUAACGAAAUAAAAAUUUUAAGACUGCUCUAUGCCUAGCUUGUUUAUGGUUUUGCAAAUGUCAUUGAUUUCAAAGAUGGCGCCGAUGUUAAAUGUUAGUAAAAUGUGCCUAUAACUAGCGAGCUGUGGAGACCUCAACACGAACGGACACGAACGUCAAUUCCAUUGAUGUUUUUUAAACAUUCAAAGAUUUAACUAUUUCAUUGUGCGGAAAAUUAUUGUUCGAAAAGAGUUCUUGCCUUUUAAAAGGAGUUGACGUUGUUGAAGGGAGGGGCGGGAAUACACAUGCCAGUAAAAUGCAUUAGCACAUUCCAGUACACGAAAAUACCCCUUCAACUUACAGCGUACACAAGCCUGUAGCUUGUACGUGCAAGCCAGCUACUGGCAUCUGUAUCCCCGUCCACAGGACACUGCAGCUUGUGAAGUUUAGAUAGUGCUUGUUAUUGGUCCUCUGUAUCAGAGGGGCUGCGGCUGCGUGCGCCGCUGUUUGCACAGAACGAUAAUCUCUCUAUUAUAAUACGUACGUAAUACGACUAAUACGAUGAGAGUUCGUCCUUGCCUUGGAAUGAAUUUAGUUUUGUAUGAGAAUGUUGCGGCGGAGGGAGCGUAGGAGCGAGGCGCGGCGGCGGAUCGUCCUAGUUGAAAUGCUUUAUUGUAAUAAAACAUAUUUUAACAUCGCACAUUAUAAUAAAUUAAUCGAAAUUGACGAAA